AGAGAGGGAGAAAUAAGUGAGGAGGCGCGCACCACAACCCGAGGCAUGCAUGUUAAGCUGGCAUUACAGCAGUCCGAAGAAAUGGCGCCCGCGAUGUACGUCUUCGUGCUUCUCGCGGGUCUCGUCGCCGCUAGCCAGAAGACCUGCCCAGAUGGAUCUCUGUGCAACGCUGAUGGUACGUGCUGUAAGCUACGCGGCCAAAAGUACACAUGCUGCCCUCUUCCCCACGCCGUCUGCUGUCCGGACCGGGAACACUGCUGUCCGUCGGGUUACACAUGCGACAACGAAACCGAUGCGUGCACUCCUCGCCGGACGGAAGUGGCUCGGGCGACGUUCCUGUCGCAGGCGCUCGGCAACGUCCACCGGGAACCUAGGUACCGCUACGUCGACUGCGGUCCGCCGGGCGAAACGGCCUGUCCCGCCGGCCACACGUGCUGCACGACGACGCUGGGCAACGUCACCAACCACAGCUGCUGUCCGUCCCGGGACGCCGUGUGCUGCGCCGACGGAGAACACUGCUGUCCCAGAGGAAGAACGUGCGAUCUCGCAGCUGGACGGUGCACCCACAACGAGGUCUACGCGCCGGAAACCGGAACGCUCAGGCUGACUCCCGCGAGGCAAUACGGAAAGAAGCGGACAAGCACGCCACGCCACGUGACUGUAGUGCCGUGCAGCGACGGCAAGUCUCAUUGCCCCGACGGCUACACGUGCUGCGUGGCGCCUAGCGGAUCGUACAGCUGCUGCCCGCUGAAGGACGCCGUUUGUUGCGACGACAACGUGCACUGCUGCCCGCACGGCACCGUGUGCAACCCAGACCGCGGUGCCUGCCACAAGGAAGGGCUUUCGCGCGUGCCUUGGAGUACCAAGGUACCCGCCACCCAGUUUUCGUGAAGCGUUCGCCGAGAAACACCAAGCCUUCGCAUUUGAGAAGUCCUUUACAUAGCGGCAAUCUGAAUGAUAAAGUUGAGUAUAAUUCCA